AUGGGGCUGCCCCUGCUGCUGCCCCUGCUGCUGCUGCCGGCGUCUCUGCAGGCUGGUCACUGGGCACAAAGAAAUUCAGAGCCUCACCCUGAGAUGAACCAACCAACGGAUCUCUCAGCCCCCGAGGGUGGCUCCAUCCUCAUCCCCUUCUCCUUCUCUCACUCCUGGGAAUUAGCCAAGGUUCCCAACAUGAAAAUAUCCUGGAGAUGGAAACACUUCCAUGGGGAGUUCAUCUACAACACGACCCCUCUGUUCAUCCAUAAUAAUUUUAAGAACCGGCUCUCCCUGAACUGGACAGAGCCUGAGAAGAACGGCUCCCUCCGGAUCUCAAACCUGCGGAGGCAGGACCAGUCUGUGUACUUCUGCUGGGUGCAGUUGGACACACUGAAACACGGCAAGAAGGUGUGGCAGUCCAUCAAGGGGACCAAACUCACCAUCACCCCCCGCAGCAAGACAACCACCUGGGAUCCUACCACCACCUCCACAGCUGGCCUCGGGGGCUCAGAGGGCAAAAAGAGUUCCAAGCUGUGGGCCCCAACCAUGGAAGCUAUAGUUGGGUUGGCGCUGGCCAAUAUUGUGCUGCUCAAGAUUCCAAUCGUAGGACUGACUGUGUACCUCUGGUGGAAGAGAAGCAAAGGUGUGCAGACUGAAGCCAGGACCCCAGCCAGGGAGUCCUUCAAAAACACGGAAGAGAAUUACGAGAACACCGGGAAUAAAGGUAAGUCCUGCCACCCCUCCCCUGAGACCCUGGAUGAUGGUGAAGUCCUCCAUGCCUCCCUCACCCUCUCCAGCUUGACCUCACCAAGAGCAGUGCCUCCCCUCCCCCCUCCACACUGGGAACCCCAGGAAGAGACUUACUCUGUCUUAAAGACCUUAAGGAGUGGGGCUGAGUGA